CUACGGAGUAUUGAUACAGUGGCCUCUUUACCCAUGAUAUUUUGAACACAUUUCAUCCGCAAGACGGGGCAUUGGUAGCUCUGACUUCCCAGCCAUCCGCCAGCGGUGAGCGCCUCGGCCAUGCCUUGCCUGCCGACUGCCGCAGCAUCCCGAUGAACGUUCGCGACCCCUUCAACAUCCGCACUGGCAGCUUGAACCGGACCCCAAUCGCCACUUGGAAGAGCAACCGAAGCUACAACACGGCAAACAGCAAAGCCCUCUCGCCGCUGCAACACAUCAUCCGCACCGCCGCCACCGCAACCCAAUCGGCAGCCGCUGACAUCCGCGACAAGGCAGGCGAGGUCCUCCAGUCCGCGCAGCAGGCCCUCACCGAAGCAACCGCCGCCGCCCUCGACGUCAACCUCAAUACCGACCUCGAAAAAGCCCAAUCCCCGAACCCAGAGAAGCAACCUCAACAACAACAAAAACAACAGCAAAACAAAAAGGACAUGUCCUUCACCAUCCCAAAAAAUGUCCCCUCCUUUACCAACCCCCAACGCCAACUCGAAGACCACCUCUGGGCCGCAGCCUCCUCUUCCUCCUCGCGCCAACGAACCACCGGCACCGGCACAGCCGCCUCUUCGGUCCUAAACGGCGUGCAGGACUUCAUCUCGCCGCGCAGCAGCAGCCGCGCGGGCCUGCCCAUGUACAAGGACAAGCCGUACAUGUACCCGCCUAGGCGGGGCGGCGGGCAGUCAGCCUGGAGCAGGCCGGUGUCCCGGUGGAAGCGGACGUGUGGGUUCUUAGUGUUGGUGCUGGUCGGGUUGGUGUGGUGGACGGGGUUGUUUGCGGGGCAUCAUCGGGAGGCGGCGGUGAGUAGGCUGGGAGAUUGGGGGUGGUUGAGGCAGGAGGGGGAAGUGGGGAGAAAAGGGGCCCGCGUGGACUGGUUGAAACGGAGGGAGAGGGUGGUGGAAGCUAUGGAGUUGAGUUGGGAUGCGUAUGAGAGAUAUGCAUGGGGCUACGAUGAGUUCCACCCCGAGUCGAAGAAGGGGAAGCAGAUGGCACCUAAGGGGCUCGGCUGGAUCAUCAUCGACUCGCUCGACACGCUGAUGCUGAUGAACAUGACCAGCCGGCUGACACAAGCGCGGGAGUGGCUGGCGAAGUCGCUGACCUGGGACCAGGACCAGGACGUCAACACGUUUGAGACGACCAUCCGGAUGCUGGGCGGGCUGCUGUCGGCGCAUUACCUUUCGACGGAGUACCCUAAUCUGGCGCCAAUACCGGACGAUGACCCGGGGAAACCGGGGGAGGAUUUGUACCUGGAAAAGGCAAAGGAUCUAGCGGACAGGCUGAUGGCGGCAUUUGACUCGCCUUCUGGGGUGCCAUAUGCUAGCGUCAACCUGGCCAAGUACAAGGGCAUUGUAUCGCACGCUGAUUUGGGAGCGUCAUCAACCGCCGAAACGACCACACUGCAGCUCGAGUUCAAGUAUCUCGCCAAACUCACAGGCGAGAAAGAAUUCUGGGACAAGGCAGAGAGGGUCAUGAAGCUGGUAGAUGACAACGGCGCCAAGGAUGGCCUGGUGCCCAUUUAUAUCUUCGCCACGACAGGCAAGUUCCACGGGGAGAACAUUCGGCUCGGCAGCCGCGGCGACUCGUACUAUGAAUACCUGAUCAAGCAAUACCUGCAAACGAACAAGAAGGAGCCCGUAUAUUUGGAAAUGUGGCGGGAGGCGCUACAGGGCGUGAGGAAACACCUGAUCACCUACACGGAACCUUCCCGGUUCACCAUCAUCGGCGAGCGACCGAGCGGUCUGGGCGGCGAUCUCUCGCCCAAGAUGGACCAUCUCGUCUGCUUCAUGCCGGGGACCAUCGCACUGGCAGCGACGGGCGGGCUCACGGAGCAAGAAGCCAAGAAACUCCCGACCUGGACCAAGCAAGACGAGGCUGACAUGCAGCUGGCCCGCGAGUUGAUGCACACAUGCUGGGGCAUGUACAAGUGGAUGGCGACGGGGCUCGCGGCCGAAAUCACCUACUUCAACAUUGCAAAGCCACCGCUCCCGGAAUCGGCACCGCACAACGCCCCGGCCGAGUUCGACCCGUCGCCCGACGCUGAGUGGCGCAAGGACUUUGACGUCAAGUCUAUGGACAGCCACAACCUGCAGCGGCCCGAGACGGUUGAGAGCUUGUUCUACAUGUGGCGCAUCACGGGCGAGACCAAGUACCGCGAGUGGGGGUGGGAGAUGUUCAAAAGCUUUGUCAACUACACGGCGGUCGCCGACGGCGGCGGGUUUACCAGCCUGACGAAUGCGAACAAGAUCCCGCCCAUCACGAGGGACAACAUGGAGAGCUUCUGGCUGGCCGAGACGCUCAAGUACUUUUAUUUGCUGUUUUCGCCCGACGAUUUGCUGCCGCUAGAUAGGAUUGUGUUGAAUACCGAGGCACAUCCGCUGCCCCGGUUUGACAUGGGGCCCUUGUUCUCGACGGGUUGGAAAAGAAAACCGAGGGACGCCGAGGGGAAGGUGGUUGGAAAGGGUAUUCAACGGGGCGAUGAGUGAUGUGAAAUAUGAGUUUAUAUAAUCUUACUGUACAAAAGCUUUGCAGCGUUUAGGAGCCCGAACCGGGAUGUGCCGCACAGGCGUGGCUUGGUGUCGCGUGCCUCGAGGGGAUCACCCCACGCUUUGGGAUCCGAGACAAUCUCAUGUCUUUCGCUCGGCGCGGGCCGCUGCCUGAUUGCUUUUCCCGCGCGCUCGGUUUCAUGGGUUCGAGCAGAC